ACACAGGACUACAGCUCCCACAAUGCAUCGCUCCGCUCUGUUUCCUGUUACAGGGCACAAUGGCACAUGUGUACAGCUGGGUCUCUGUUACUGACACAGGCACAGGGAGGAGGUGAUCACUCUGUUAUCUUACUGACACUAGGCUGAGCUUCUGCUGAAAGAGGACUGAGGACAUACUGAGCUCAGUGUCCCCUGGAAAAGGAUCUUCUCUGUUCAUGUCUCCUCGUGAUUAAUCCCUCAAUAAAAUUCAGAGUCUAUUCCCUGACUGAUACACGGAGUAUGGACAAGGAGAGAAACAAGAUGACCGAGAGGAUAUUGAAUCUCACCAUUGAGAUCAUCUACCUGCUGACUGGAGAGGAUUACACAGUAGCGAAGAAGACAUCUGGUGAGUGUGUGACAUCCAGUGGCCACCCCCAUUUGUUAGGAGGACUGAGCAGGACCCAGAGCCACAUCACGGUGCCUCCACCUCACUCACUGAUACAUGAGAAGCACAAUGACCAGAAGAUCCUGGAACUCACCAACAAGAUCAUUCAGCUGCUGACUGGAGAGGUUCCUAUAAGGUGUGAGGACGUCACUGUCUAUUUCUCCAUGGAGGAGUGGGAGUAUAUAGAGGAACACAGGGGUCUGUACAAGGACGUGAUGAUGGAGAAUCACCGGCCCCUCACUUCACCGGAUGGAGCCAGUAACAGGAAUACCCCAGAGAGAUAUCCCCAUCCUCUUUAUUCCCAUGAUCAUACUGAGAUGAAUCACAGUGUCCCACAGGAGGAUCAGGGUGAAGAUCUAACUGAUAUUAAUGUAGUAAUUAUACAAGAGGAAGAAGAGACCUAUCUGAGGAGUUAUCAGCAGUGUAAGGAGGAGGAAAUCCUUACAGGUAUAAGCACAGAUCUCCUGAACAGCGGAUAUACUGCAGCGGGUCUUUGCAUGCUAUCUCCUGACGCCACAAGAGAUUCUCCAGGAGACUAUCCCAUUACCCCAAAUAUAAAUUCUGUACGUCCUAGCGCAGAUGUAUCCUCUGAUCCCUGCAAUUAUGGAGGGUGUCCUCCUGAUAUCCCACACACUGUUACACUUAGCACCAAUCACACAAGUGAUCUAAUCUUUCCAUGUUUUCAGUGUGGGAAACCUUUUCUAAAGAAAUCAAGUCUUUCAGUACAUCAGAGAAGCCACACAGGUGAGAGGCUCUUUCCCUGCUUUGAUUGUGGGAAAUGUUUUACAAAGAUAGCAAACCUUAGAGUACAUCAGAGGAGUCACACAGGUGAGAAGCCGUUUCCAUGUCCUGACUGUGGGAAAUGUUUUACACAGAGAUCAGAUCUCCAAAGACAUCAGAGGACUCACACAGGCGAGAGGCCGUAUCCGUGUACUGACUGUGGUAAAUAUUUUGCACAGAAGUCAGAUCUGAGUAAGCAUCAGAGAACUCACACAGGUGAGAAGCCAUUUUCUUGUUCUGAGUGUGGGAAAUGUUUUACGCAGAAAACAGGUCUCGUCAGGCAUCAGAGACUUCAUGCAGAUAAAAAAGACAUUAACGCACACUGAUGAUGUGAGUUUGACACAGAAGACAGGUCUUGCAAGAAAGCAAAUAUUUCGAAUUGGGCACAAGGCCCUUUCAUGCUCCAAGUGUGGGAAGUCUUUCACAGCAAAACCUUUUCCGGCAUUAUACAGUUCACAUGGGUGGGAAGCAGUUUCCAUUGUCUGAGUGUGGGAAAUGUUUUCCCCAGAAGUUGUGUCUUCUUAAACAUCAGCAAAUUCUUUCACCUUAAGGAGGUUUAACAUCUGCUUGCUUUUUAGUGGAAGGUAUCUUUUUUUUUUUUUUUUAUAAAACUUUUUUUUUUAUUGAAGUGUCACAUUCACAGACCUUGUAAGGAUUAAAGGUACAAUUAACAGAUACAGCAUUAUGAGAAUUAUGUAUUACGUAGAAUACAUAGAAUCGUUUAGAUAAUCAAGCAAUAGUCUCUAUCAUAUAGAAGCCCUUUAUAAUAGAGACUAAGAUAACAUAUCACAAAUUGUGAGAACCGCAUAACAUAGGUGCCUUGCCGUCACUAGUGGAAGGUGUCUCAUCGGCAAAAUACAUUGAUUUAAGCUAUUAAAUUAUUUCUCUAGGCGGUUAAGGGUCCUCCUACUGAGGCUCCCUCUGGCUGCGGCAUAUAGAGUCCUAGAGAUUUUCCGUUACAUUAUGGCCGCCUGUGAUAGUGCAUCUGCAUCUUUAGGCAUAGUCUAAUGCCCACUGAAAUUGUAUCUCUCUGCAUGCAAUUUUCAUCUGCGUCUUUGAGCGUGUAGUGCGGCUCGGAGGCAUGCGUAGACUGGAAGCAUUGGUCGCUUGGGUCUGACAUCACUCUCAAUCGAGCCCAUUGUAGCCAUGCUUCCACAGUUAAAUGAGGCCUUUACAUGAUGACGGGAUGCCUGUACGGAGCUGGUGUUGCAGCUGCAAAAGGAAAAACAGUGGGUGGUGCGACUUAUACUCAUAAGGUAGCAAAUAUGGCUGCCGCGACUCUCUGAUCUUGUGGCCACUUUGUGUCCAUCCCAGAGUUAUGGACACAACUAAUGGCUCUAUUCAUCAUUGAGCCAUUCGUUGAUUUACAUUUUCCAAGAUGAUGUUGACUGCCUGGUCAUCAACCUUAACUCGAAGAUUGUUAUCAUGAAAUAUUUGCAUUUUGUAUUAUGAAUUGCCUCCUAAAUGUGCCAUUAUUGUAUUUGGCAAUGUAUUACUCGGCGUUGACUCUUGAGACUUAUAAUAAAAAAAAAAAUACAAAUUAUUAUACAA